GCAACUUCGAACGGAUCUAGAAGGCUUUGUUGUACAAACUUGAAAAAAGCGCACGAAGAAAUAGAAUAAGACAAGAAAGACUACCUCCAAGAAAAUAGAAGGCUUAUGAAGGAAAGUCGUUCUUGGGAUUGAGUAGACAGUCAAACACGACCCAAUUUUGUUUUAUCUCCUCGGAGAAUGAACUAGUUGACCAUGAUCGAGCCGAUUAUGAUUGAAAUUGACAAAAGCCUCAGCACGUAACUAAUUGAAGUUAAAGUUAAACGAACAAUACGAAUACAAAAUCAACAUGGCUGCAACAGUGAGCGUGCAAUUUCGCCUGGCAGCAGCCCAUGAAGAGGUGCAACUUCAGCGUGAGAUGCGUACUCGGCUAGCACGGCGAAUGUUCCGUCGCUCUCUAAAUGCGUACGAAGUGUGCACGUACAGGGUAAGCGGCGGUAUAGCGAUCGAGAAGGGAGUGCUCCGCAUCAUCGCUAAUUUUUUUAACCCACUGGACGCAGCUGAACUUCAUCUCGCUGCGUCGUUGCCAGCCUACUGCCCUCGAGAACUCUCGAAGCUUGUUGCGGUGGCAAAGAAUGGUAGCUCUUCUUCCAGUUUGGGGCGCUUUUGCUUUCUUCCAGGAACGCUGGAUACGCAGAGCUUCGUUGCUGUAAAAGUGCUGGUUGGAUCAUGCGCAGUUGCCGGGGACAACAACGAUCUGGAAGUCAAAACGAUCGGGUCGUUGCAUCGUAGCACGUCUAUAGGGGAACUCCGCGCACAUUUUCUCUUAAGAUGAGAGCGGACUUGAGUCAAUUCCAGUAUAUCACCAAGAUGAAUAGAAGGUUACUUAGUUCGUCUAGAAGCACUUUCAGAUAACGUCUCUACGGUCAUCAGGAAAGUUGGCAACAAAGGCAUAUGCAUGCAUGCAUGCAUGAAGGCCGUGAAUUAAGUAGAUUCGCCAUACGCUCCAUGUGCUUGCACAACACGAGUAUGUAACCCUGUGAAACAAAUCAAUACAAAUCGUGGUCAAGAGAUGGACCGCAAACGAACUAACUAUAGAUUCCUGUCUAGGGUUGUCUUUCUGAUGUUGUUCUGCCCGUCUCUUUUUAUCUUCAUACUAGCGAAAUGGGCUGUUUCUACCACCGAUCCGUAAAGAUCAUCGACAUCCAGGAGACGGUUGCGCCCUUAAGGUUUUGCCAUUCUUCGAUGAGAACGCCCGAGGUGUCGCUCUGCAAGAGAGUCUCAGUAGGCGCCAAGGCCUGUCGCUUCACUGCGCCUGUCAUUGGGUGAGGAAGAUCGCUUCCGCUAAAAGCAAACACACCAACACGGGAUCGCAGGAUUCAAAUAACUCAAAGCGUAGGCGACUAGACAACUCGCGCGGAAUGAAUGGCACUACUAGUGCAGCUGCUUCUCGACCAUCUGCCUCGACGACUCCAAGCGAAAGAGAUAUUAGGAAUGAGCACGGUGAAGCAGCUGCAGCGCAGGAUGGCAGUCCGCGAGGAAGAACAAGUGAAGAUAACGAUAUUGCUUCUACUCGUUCCGAAACGGAUGAGCUCACGACUCCAGAAGAGGAAGAAGAGAAUUUAGCUGAUCUGUACAACACACCCUGUGCUCCAGCGGAUAUGGAGAAACUGACGAUAGGGCAGCUAUGGCAGUUUUUUUCGAAGGUUGCGGCACAACGGGAUCGAAACGAAGCUCACAGUACUUCUAAUAUAACCACAACAACAUCGUCUUCCACGACAUCCUCAUUGCAAGCAGAGCAAGGUUUACAGCAGCGGACCAUCUGGCUACGACUUGUCAACACAUUUGCUCCAACUCCUUGCCCGAAGUGCCGUCUUCCUUGCGUUUCCUCGGUCGACGGAGGAAGAAUGCUACACAAUCAUGCUUCGGCUGUCAAGUGUGCCGGCAUUUCUCCAGCACGCAUGAAUGGUCAAGGGAGUGUUUCAUCGUCGUCUCGUAGCUCAAGUAGUACAAUGUCUGGUGUCGAACAUUCCCCAUCAACAUCAGUUGCGGCAUCAGCCAGCCGCGGAACCAGGACCAAAUGGACAUCAACAGUGAUCGCAUCCGACCCUCUCGGUAAUAAAGUGCAUGAGGGAUUGCAAAUAGUUCAUCUCCAUGGGGUCUACCAAUGCAACAGAUGCUGGCAGAAGACUCUCUCUGUCAAGGUGCGGAGUCACAUGGAAGAUCGACGUGGCUCUGCAAAGAUGCUGAAUGCGUUAAAAAAUACGUAG